AUGUGGCGGAUUUAUGAUGGCUGGCUUGAGAUUCUAAAGAUUCAGAAGUUUCGGAGACUGGUGUCUUAUACAGGGUUCUUCUGUUUUACUGCGCUCAUCAGCUAUGUCUUCACUAACAAUACAGCUGGAUAUUCAAGAGCUGACCAGUUCUAUGCAUCUCUUCCUGCUGGAACUGAACUUCUUGCUGACCAAGCAAAGCUAUAUAAAGCUGCACUUGGCAAUUGCUUUGAAGUGGAAGACUGGGGGCCAAUUGAAUGGAGCAUCUUGGCCAAGCAUUUUGAGCGUCAAGGAAAAUCACCAUAUGCCUAUCAUGCACAAUAUAUGGCACAUCUAGCUUCUCAAGGACAAGUGGAUGGAAGUUGA